CGCCCGAUUGCUUAUUUUGCGUAAGAUCAGCAACCAUGAUGGACAGCAUCGACAUCAGCAAGGCGACAGGCCUACUCGGUGAGAUUCGCAAGAUUAUCGUACAUCAAGACGAGCUCAUUCGUCAAAAACAGAUGGACAUCGAGGACUUACAACGAGAACGAGACGGUCUUAGACAGCAAGUGGUACAGUUGACCAUCCAAUUGGAGUCCUCACAUACUAAUGCGCGAAUCGAGUCGCCGACUGCGGCGGUAGGCGGAGUACAAAAGGCGACAAGCAAGCUGAUUGAACGUGCGGCAUUUACGCGACAAUCAGCAAGUCUGAGAGACGUCGACGUCAAGUGUAGAGUACAGGACUACGAGCGGAGAACGAGCAAAGACCUCGAGCAGCUCCUCAACGGUCACCGAUGCGGCAGCACAAGCACACACGAGGUUGAAAAUCAACUCGGGAGGUCUGACGACGAGGGUGAUGAUGACGUGAGCGAGCUACGUGAGUUUCGCCGCAAGUCCGAUGCCACGCCUCCUAGCAACCGCAUAGGUGGGCAUGUGCGACGGCACACUGUAGCACACCGUCCUCCUGAGCGUCGCCUGUUCACCAGCUCAGGAAGGAGGCGGAGGAUGACGCAGCGACGUGCGAAAUUGCCACCAGUCAAUAGAAACAGCAGCACUUGGGAAGGUGCCUACAUUCUCUCGCCGGACAUGGAAGUUAGAAUCCGCGAGAAAAUAUUAUCCGAGCUGAGCAAGAAGUAUGGAGACAAGGACAGGAUUUCUAAAGCAGCGGUUGUGAUUCAGACCUCGUUUAGAGGGUACAUGCUCAGGAAGCAUUUGUGUCUAAUCAAAGCAAUGCCAUUCAGGCGGAGAACUCCGUCGAUUGCUAACUUCUUGCUUGAUAUUUCCAACCAUCAUCCUGCUCCGAGUCUUCUCCGGUCUUCCUCUGCUUGCUCACCGCACGGGCUUUGUGCUUCACAAGACAGAGUGAGACGAGCGAGGUCGACGACUCCUCCCAGGUCAAUGGCUUCACCAAUUCAUGAAGCCUCUAGUACAGAAACGGAUGGACAAGUGUCAAACACGAAGGAAAAAGUGAUUGAAAUAGUUACCAUCAAGCCUUCCGUCAUUGUAGAAAACGCGUUUGGAGAUGACACAAGUCGGGAACUGACUCCGUUUGAUGGUUUGGGUGUAAGAGGAGAGGACUCAACGAGCGUUAGUUCUGCAUUCAGUGAAAGCACGGUUGAUUCGACAGGACAGAGUAGGAUUAUUGAGUCAGAGAUGUCACUGGAUUCGAAUGACCAUCAUGUUCAUCUGCCUCAAGUGAUCGUUCAGAGACGAGGUGAAGGUCGAACACAGCAAGAGAGAUUGUAUCAAAUGGGCAUCAACCAUUUUAACAGGAACCCCAAUAAAGGCAUCUUAUUUUUGGUGUCAGAACAGUUGUUGGAGGAUUCCCCGUAUGAUGUUGCCAACUUUUUGCUGACAUCGAAAGGUUUGAGCAAGCUCAGGAUCGGAGAAUACCUUGGUGAUCAGAAUGAAUUCAAUGUGGCAGUGCUGCAUGAAGUAUCAAACAUGAUUGAUCUGAAAGGUCUUUCAUUUGUUGCUGCUUUGAGAAAAUUUCAAUCUCACUUCAUACUUCCUGGCGAGGCUCAGAAGAUAGACCGUAUAAUAGAGGCGUUUGCUGUUUCAUUUUCGUUCACUAAUCAUGGUUGUGUGAGCACUCAAAAAGACACUAUCUUUAUUUUGGCUUUCUCAACUAUCAUGUUGAACACUGAUUUGCACAACCCAAGUGUUAAACGUCGUAUGACAAAGGAGGACUUUGUUAAGAACAACAGAGGUAUUGAUAAUGGGAAGGACUUGUCAAAGUUCUUGCUUGAGAAUGUGUAUGAAAGCAUCAAGUCAGAGCCUUUGAGUGCAGCUGAAGACCACUGCAGUCAAGUAGCUCAGAUUGAGAAACAAAUAUCAGGAUUGGCAAUUAAACUUGCAGCCCCACAUCGACAGUUGAUACAGAUGAACCAAGUCAAUGAGGUUUUAGAUCCAUUUAAGAAGCAAGCCAACAGUGCUCAUCCACGUGUGGUUUAUCUCUUUAACGAUCUUCUUCUGCUUGUAAAGGAAAACGCGCGGCGUAGCCCCUACAAAUACCAUGUCAAACAUUGUGUGGCUCUCUGUGGACUGACAGUGAAGGAAUUUCAAAACACCAAUUUCAAACAUGGGGUCACAUUGGAAUCAACAUACAAAAAACUUCAUCUCAGUGUAUCUACUAGUAAACAAAGAGAGAUGUUUGUUUCUGACCUCCAAGAGGUUCUUAUUGAGGUUGAAGACAUGGAAAGUGAGAGAUUAGCGGAAAUGGAGACACUUGCUCCUCCAUUAGCUAGAUCUCGGCGACGAGGCACGGGACUCACAAGAACUGAUGACUGGUCAAACCAAAGUGCAGAAAACAGGAGAAAGUCAUCAGUCAGUCUCAGCCCUUACCUGCCUCGCCGAUCCUCAUCUUACAGUGCAGUUUCGAUAUCAUUAGAUGACAUUGGUGUAAUUUCAAGAAGCAGCAUCCAUUCAGAUCAAGAUUCACUCGAGCAGAAUAUGAGUCUCGCCACUCUACGUUCUCGAUCAGACUCUCCCACUCCCUCGACGAAUAGCAGGUUGAGCUUAUCCAACGUGAGCAAUGGUAGCAGUAGAAGGGGAUUUCUCAGAUGGAAAAAGAAAGAUAAAUCAUAACUAAGACUGUACGUUGGCAAGAUCAAUGGCCCUAUUAUUUUUUGAAAAACUGGUUACACUUUCAUUGCAGUCGUAGAGCACUAUGAGCUGAGACUAGUAGAUUAAUUAACAUACAAUUACUGAAUUUUUCUGGUGUGUAUUGACUUGUUAAAUUUUGUGCUGUAGAUUCAACUCGAAA